AUGAGGAACGAGACACGAACCCCUCUCGUCCGGCGCGCGUCCCGGGGCCUGCUCACGGUCUUCGCCGUCCUCCUGUCGAGCGAGGCGGCCGCGAGCCAGAACCUCUGCCCUUCGCAGUCGAGAGGCAGGCCUCCUUCCGCGGACGCGCGGGUCGCCUUUCGAGCGUUCCGAGAGAGUCUGCGAAACGUCACCAUUCCGGCCGGGAUCCGCCACAACGUCUUCCUCUUCCGAUUCCUCGAAGCGAAGAAUUUCGACGUGGACCGGGCAGUAAAGAUGUUUCGAGCACACCUGGAAUGGCGGGAGAAAUGGAGGCCUGAGUACCUGCGGGACGAGUGGAAGCUCCCGGAAGUGCUGGAGAAGUACGGAGUGGUCGGGUUCAUCGGCUACGACGUGGAGGGAUCCCCCGUGAUGCUGGCGGACGAAGGAGCGAUGGACACGAAGGGGAUCCUCGCUUCCAUCGAAAAGGACGACUACCUCCGCUGGUUCAUCAAGGAACUCGAAUCGAACCGGCAGAAGCUGCGCAUCCUGCAGGACGACUGGAAGAACGGCGACAGGAAGGACGACGACUGGGAUGACGCCGACAGGAAGGACGGCGGCAGGAAGGACGGCGCCUGGGAGGACCCCAAGUCCCAGCUCGCCAUCAUCUUCGAGUUCAAGGGCGUCCCAGCCUCCUACCUCCUCUCCAGCCGCGUGUUGGACGUGAUGUUGAGACUGGUGCAGAUGCACGAUGGGAACUACCCGGGCCUCUUCAAACGCAUCUAUGUCCUGAACAUGCCGCCGUUCUUCGCGGCGAUCCUGGGCAUGGUUAAGCCGAUCCUGCGGCAGGGGACGCUGGACAAGGUCGUCUGUCUGGGGGCGAGGGAGCAGUACGCGCCCGUGCUGACCCGGGUCAUACCGAAGGAGGUACUGCCCAAGUACUGGGGAGGGACGCGGGUGGACGAGAACGGGGACCCGAAGUGUUCGGCUGUGAUCGGGAAAGGCGGAAAAGUGCCCAGGUCCUACUAUCGGUAUCCUCAAACGAUGGCAGACGAGGAGGAUGAGGAGAGUGAGAAUGAGAAGGAUGAGGAGAGUGAGAAGAAGGAGAAGGAUGAGGAGAGUGAGAAGAAGGAGAAGGAUGAAGAGAGUGAGAAGGAGAAGAAUGAGGAGAGUGAGAAGAAGGAGAAGGAUGAGGAGAGAGAGGAGAAUGAGAAGGAUGAAGAGAGUGAGAAGGAGAAGAAUGAGGAGAGUGAGGCGGAAGAGUGA